UCCCAGAUGGGGCGAUGGGGCCGCGCACGCUGCUCCUGCUGCUGGCUGCCGCCCUGGCCCCGACCCAGACCCGCGCGGGCUCACACUCGCUGCGGUUUUUCAAAACCGCGGUGUCCCCGCCCGGUCUCGAGAAGCCCCGGUUCAUCGCUGUCGGCUACGUGGACGACACACAGUUCGUGCGCUUCGACAGCGACGCGGAGAAUCCGAGGAUGGAGCCGCGCGCGCCAUGGAUGGAGCAGGAGGGGCUGGAGUAUUGGGAGCGGGAGACACAGAUCUCCAAGAAUGAUGAGCAGACUUUACAAGGGAACCUGAGGAUCCUGCUUGGCAACUACAACCAGAGCGAGGGCGACUCUCACACCAUACAGGUGAUGAAAGGCUGUGAAGUGGGGUCGGACGGGAGCCUCCUCCGUGGGUACUGGCAGGUCGCCUACGACGGCCGUGAUUACAUCGCCCUGAAUGAAGACCUGAAAACGUGGACAGCGGCGGACAUGGCGGCGCAGAUCAAGGGACGCAAGUGGGAGCUGACUGGUGAAGCAGAGAGAGACAGGGCCUACCUGGAGGGCGAGUGCGUGGAGUCACUCUUCAGACACCUGGAGCGCGGGAAGGAGACGCUGCUGCGCACAGAUCCCCCAAAGGCACAUGUAGCCCAUCACCCCAGAUCUGAAGGUGAAGUCACUCUGAGGUGCUGGGCUAUGGGCUUCUACCCUGCUGACAUCACCCUGACCUGGCAGUUGAAUGGGGAGGACAUGACCCAGGACAUGGAGUUUGUAGAGACCAGGCCUUCAGGAGAUGGAACCUUCCAGAAGUGGGCAUCUGUGGUGGUACCUCUUGGGAAGAAGCAGAAUUACACAUGCCAUGUGCAACAUGAGGGGCUGCCUGAGCCCCUCACCCUGAGAUGGGAGCCUCCUCCAUCCACUGACUCUAACAUGGUGAUCAUUGCUGUUCUGGUUGUCCUUGGAGCUGUGGCCAUCAUUGGAGCUGUGGUGGCUUUUGUGAUGAUAAGGAUGAGAAACGGAGGUGGAAGAGGAGGAGACUAUGCCCCAGCUCCAGCAUGAAGAAAGCAGCCUGGAAUGGACUAUGUGACAGACAGUGUGUUCAGGUCUUUCCUGUGUCCAGAGCCCUCAGUUUUCUUUAGACAACAGUGUCAAGUGUUCCCUGUGAUCCUCUGGGCUCAAUGUGAAGAACUGUGGAGCCCAGUCCACCCCUGCAAAAGACUCUGUUCCUGCACUGCCUGUGUUCCUUUCCACAGCCAACCUUCCUGAUUUAGCCAAGCACUGGGGGACACCUGCAUCCUGUCAGCUCCAUGCUGCCCUGAGCUGCAGCUUCUCACUUCCACACUGAGAAUAAAAAUCUGAAUGUGAACUUUAUUGUUAACAUCUUGACUUGAGAGUUGAUUGUUUGUUGAUUUCAUGGAUUAAGAAUACUUAGAGGUUUUUUUUUUUUUUUUUUA